AUGAAGCUUCAGGCUGAUGCAGCUAAUGUACUUGCCAGAGCGUCUGCGUAUUUACAAUCCGGUGUUAUAAAGAAUAAACCAAUUUGGUUCGAUAUCGUUGCAAAAUAUCCACCAACUCAUAAUUUAAUUAAAAAAUCAUAUAUAUAUCAACAAGAUUCAAAAGAUCCAAGAAAUGAAUUAAUAAAACCAAAAGAUCAUCCACUAAAUAAAAAUCAAAUAUUCAAGACAAGACCACAUAAAGAAGAAUCAAAAAAUAAUAACAACAAAAUACAUAGAAUCCCCAAAUUAACCUUUCUUCAGGAUGAAAUUAGAAAUUAUUUUUAUUUACAACAUCCAUGGGAAUUAUCAAGACCUAAAAAUUUAAUAGAAAAUAAUGGAGAUGAAAUAUUGAAUAAAUGUGAUUGGAGUAAUAUGUUACAAUUAUACAAACCAUUAGAUGGUGAAUCAGUAGUACAACGUACCACCUACAUUUUAGAAAAUGAUCCAAAAAUUAAAAACAUUUUUGAAGCUUAUGAUUUAGCAAGAUUUGAAUUUUAUAAAUUAAGAAUGGAAGAAGAAAUGGAAAGUCAUAUAGCAAAAGAAGAAAGUACAAUGUAUGGAGCUGUUUUUGAAUCUAAAAAUAUAGAUUGGAAUUUAGAAACUGAACAAAAAUAUAUUGAUGAAUGGGUUUCAUUAGCUUCUGAACAAACUAAGGUAUUAGAAGCAAAUUCAAAUAAAUCUUUUGCUCCUGUUGGUUCAAUGGUUGAGGAAGAGAAAACUAAAACUUCAUUAUUUGAAAGUUUAUUACAAAUGAAUAAUAUUGAAGAUAAUGUAAGUCAAGAAAGUAAUUCAAAUGAAGAAUUUAAAAACUUGUAA